AACUCGCCGUCACCAUGCUCGUGUGUCGGAGCGCCUGGCAGAGACUGGUCCCCCUCACCCAACGGGCUGCCGUCUCCCUCCUGCGCAAUGCACCUGUUCGUCAGAUGUCAGCCAGCAGUGUGCCAGGCUCCUCUGGUGAAGCUCUGCCUUAUUACCUGCUUGUUGGUGUAACUAUGCUUGGUGGAGUAGUAUAUGCGUACCGCACUGUGUGCAAUGAUAGAGCCCGUUCUUACGAACACCAUGAAUACGUUGAAACACAACUGAAACCCCAGUUACAGAAUAUUAAAGAUGACAAAUAAAGUCCAAGGGGAUAUCUACC